UUAAAUCGCGGACGUUAUAACGCAUUAAAAAAACUCCGCACCUGCCAAGAUGGCCGACGCGGCCACGCCUUUCCAUUACCUGGUGCUCUUCCACUCCCUUGGCUGCUGACACACUCACUCAUACAGGAAGUGGAGGAGUUGUAUUUCUCAAUAACUGCGUGCUGUAACUUCACGUAAACGACAAGAAAAUGUGGCGCAGGAAGGUCGCAGGUGUGGACGAGACUGAAAUAUGAAAAAUGCGCAGAUUUCCCUCCGGAUCAAAAUAGAAGUUCACUGUCCGAAAGCAUGUCCUUCUCAAGAGUCUCGUUUCGGCUUUUACUCCUUACACUCGCCGUCUUCACUGUGUCAGGGUUGCCGCAGAUCCUCGCCCCUGACCAAGGCUCCACCAUCCGCUUCAGCAGCAGUCAGGUCAAAGGUUGCCGGGUGUGCUCCGGGGCAGGAUCUUCAAAAAAAUGUAGUCCAUCAUUCCUUGAGGUUAAAGCAUCUGUAUUGUUGGAUUUUGAAUGCUCCAAACCUCAAGAUGUGUUCAGUGUGGAAAUUGAGCGAAAUAUAGAAUGUUCCACAAAGUCAUGCAGUGGCCACAUCAUCCAGUCUCACUCCGACUCACUUCGUUUGUUGGAUUUUAACCGUAAAUUCACCUGGAAGCUGAAGGCGUCUGCACCCAAAGCGGUCAAAAUAGACUUCACCAACACGGGUCUAAGACAGAUUAAUCCGUCCGAGAGAUGUCCAGACAGACACAGCUACACCCUUCAGGCCUUCGAGACUUCAGGAAAAGUGGCCGUGGGGAAAUACUGCAGAACGGGACCUGUCACUAACGCUCAAAUAUUGAAUCAAAGUAGCUUUUCAGUGGACGUACCAGCAAGGCUGAAACUGCAGAACGGCCGGUUUGAUGUCUCUGUCGGGGAGGAAAUUAAAACCCUCGCCAAAAUUACACUGACGCUACCAAAAGGGAUGUCGUCCUCAGAGUUGCUCUCUCCAAACUACCCGGACAGUUUUCCUGACGAUGACGUGAUGGAGUGGUACUUUCAGGUCCCGGACAAACACAAGACAGUGGUUCAGUUCUUUAAUCUCACACAGCCAAAGUGUCUGAAGAAGGAGCCAGCAGUGGAGUACCAGGGCAAAGGGAGAGGGGCGUUGGUGCUGAAACUGACAGACCCACAGGAGACCCAGUAUCAGGGAGACUUCUCCCUGCUGCUGAGGAACUGUGAGAUGGACAGAAGACGUGCUGGUUCAUCUGGACUGUCACUGAACCUCAAGGUGUCUUCUUCAAGUUCAAGUCAACCAGUGAUGUGUAAAGUGGAUGUCAGCAGAAUGGAGGGCCUUUCUCUGCACAUUGAGAAGCUGAAACAUUCCUCCGACUGUGAGAUGAAAAUAAAGUCUCUGCCGAAGGAGAAGAUCGCAGUCACGUCCAAGACUGAGCUGAUGUUCAAGGGCUGCCUUCCUGAAGACGUACAGAUCACCGCCACCAGAGUCAUAGAGUGUCGUCGCUUCAGAGACUGCCCAAAGACUCCGGUCCGUCUGUCCAUGCCGGUGCUGCAGAGCUGCCUCCCCGCCCCUCUGACCAGCGUGACCUGGACGCUCCGUCCUCCUGACCACGGCACCGUGGAGCUGACCUCGGCCUCCGGGCCCCUCAAGCAGUCGCUGCCUGGGCAGGAGUGCAACGACAGCAUCAUUAUCAAAAUGGCCGAAGACGACGACACUCCCAUCGGCACCUUCUGUCCUCAGGGAGCCAUACAGAAGCUCCAAAUCCACACUAAUGUGACCGUCACUGCGUCCGGCAUGAAGGGUCAAAUAAUGAGGACGGCUAUGAAGCAUGUGCUGAGCGCCAUCAUGAAAGAGGAGAUAUCAGAACAAUACAUAUUCACCGUAGCGCCAAAGAAAGACGCUCCUGUCCUGUUGGGUACUCCUGGUUGGCCGAAGGGGAUGAAACCUUCGUCCACCGUCUCCUGGAUCGUCUCUGUGCCCCCGAAGAUGGAGGCUCACCUGAUGUUCCCCCAAGUCAACCAGCCCAAGUGCAGCACGCACCACACAGGCAUCAAAGUCCAGAGAGUGGGCUGCCCCGAGGAGGAGUACAGCCGCAGAGAGGACGAGGAGAGGGAGAGUGAGCUCACCGUCUCCGAUAACUUCUACCUCAACAUGUCCAACUGUGUCCCUGAAAGAGAUGACUUCAGCGUCAUCGCCAAGAUCACCCUGCAGAAGAGCAAGAACGUUCUGCUGACGACCAUCCUGAGUGUGGUGGCUUCUCUGCUGGUUAUAUUUGUCAUCGUGCUGGUGGUGGUCUGUGUGGUGAUCAGGAAGAAGAAGAAGAAGCUGAAUCAUGAAGUGUCCAUCUACAAUCCAAACGGCACCGUCUUCCUGCCGGGACAAAACGGUUUCCCAAAAGCACGUGAGGACGAUGACGCCCACGUGUACGAGUCCAUCGAGGACACGCUGGUCUACACGCACCUGCUGAGGAAAGGAGCAGAGAUGGGCGUCUACGGAGAGUUUGACACACACCAGCCCUUCCACGGACACACAGACUCCCAGAAGCCUCUGGUCUCUAGAAACACCGGAGCAGACGACAUGCCCGUCGGAGCGUACCAGGACUUUCAGCACGCGGCUCAACAAGCUCCUCCGCUCCCCAACAGGCCUCCCAGCCACCAUGUCCAGCCCAUGGUGGACAAUGAGAUUUACCAGAGCGAGGAGGAACAGUCUCCGAAUCUGGGGCUGCGGCUGGAGCCAGAGGGAGGGAACUGAGGAGGAGAUUGGAUUCAGCUUUCUGCUUUUCGUCUUGACCUACUUGAACUUUGAGAUAUUCAUUCCCUGGCAUCUCUGUGAUUACCUGCCUUGCAAGAAGCCUUUAUCUUUUUUUUUUCCUCUUGAGCAUAGUUUUGCAGCAAAGCCAGACACACACAAAAUAACCCUUUUCAAACCUCCCUGCAGCUGUUACCUUGUUUUUAUCUCAGAUGAAGGCGUUACAUAAUAAUUCUCUUUUACCUUUUACUGUUAGUGGCACUAUGAAAAGAUCUUAUGUUGAUUUUGGACACUUAUUGAGACAUUUUGUACAUACAGUACAGGCCAAAAGUUUGGACACACACCUACUCAUUCAAUGCGUUUUUCUUUAUUUUCAUGACUAUUUACA